GUGAGGGGUCCACGUUAGAAGCCUCUCGACAAGUCGCGCCUGCACCCUCGCAACCCCCACCUUGAUGAUGCUACUCAGGGAAGGGACCGCCCCACGAGCGCCGAACAACAGCUUCGCGAGCUAACGCUCCUGCGUUUGCCCCCCGUCGGCAGAACUCGAGCCAGGGAGAGCUGCCCGCAUGAGAUUGCAACCGCAGCGGAGCGACUCGCGGCCACCGCCCGCGGCGAGGGGAGCAGCCCAGGCGGAAGCAGAAGCAGAAGACGAAGCGGAAGCCGCAGUCUGAGCCCAUCUCCAUUUUUGCCUAUCUCUCUCUCCCUCCGCUUCUAGCCCCCUCCGCUUCUCCCCCCCGCCCAUCAUGAACGAAAUAAAAAUCUCGUACCUUAACUACCCCAUUUACGGAAUAGGCUCCAAUGAUAAAUACGUAGUCACGUCGGGGGGAGGGGGGGGGAAGAGCUACGGAAUUGAAGACCUCCUGGACAUCAACACGUUCAACGAGAAGGAAAAAAAGCUGCAGGUCCUGUGGUCGACCACUCAACAAAGAGGAGUAGUAGACUCCAUUAUCUACGAUGAGAAAUAUGACAUUUGGUUGGGCUCCGUGCGAAACGAGUGUGUGAUUUUCCAAAUAAGUGAAGACACAGGGCCGAACAUCAUCUGCAGCUUUGUCACAGAUUUCAGCGAGAAGCACUCCAGGCAGGUGGUGGUGAAAUUUUCCCCCCUCAGCAAUUUUAUUUUGACUGGCGGGGAGGACAAGACGUUGAAGCUGUGGAGGCUCAAAAUUGUGGAGGCCAAGGAGGGAGCAGCAGAAGGAGCAGCAGAAGGAGCAGCGGCAGAAGGAGAAGCGGCAACCGGGGGAGCAGCGGAAGGAGGAGCUGAAGCGGCAGCUGGGGGAGCAGCUGAAGCCCCCCCGGGCAGAGUCCCCCUCGGGAAGGGCAACCGCUUCUUCAUCGACAAGACCAGCAACCCAGUCGAGCACAUAGGAGAUUACAAAGGGCACUCAGAGUGCAUCAAAGACUGCGACGUAGCAGAGGAUGAAAAAAUCGCCUGCACAUGUUCAUCGGACAAUUCUCUUAAAAUAUGGAACACACACACCUUUGCAAAUCUCCACACGGAGCAGAUGAGUAACCCCAAGCAGAAGAGCGACAAGCUAAAUUUCCGUUGCUGCAAAUUUUUGAGGAAUACCAAGAGGAAGGAUCUUUUCGUUUAUACCCUUUUAACCACUGCCUACACAUCCAGAGGAGACAGCUACCUCAUCAUUUGGAGUGUCCUCUUUGAUGAUAAGAAGGAACAGUUCAGCUGCACCAAGCAGAAGUUUAUUUGGUUAGAUGAUCGGCCAUGUUGCAACAUCGCCAUGAGUAUGAAUGAGAAAUUUCUUGCGUUAGGGUUCAGCACGGGUGCCCUAAAAAUCUAUAACUCGAGGUAUUCCCUCCUAGCACAUUACAAGAAGCAUGAGCUACCCAUCACGGCCAUGUGCUUCAUCAAAAAUGAUUCUUAUUUACUCUCCGCCGGGGCUGACUAUACCAUAAGUUGUCUUCACAUCAACUCGUUUAGUUUUCGCUACUUGAGGAGGGCUUGGAAAUUCUUCCUCAUCCUCCUUAUGGUCCUCUCCGUGUGUAUCAUUCUGCUCGAUUUUUUUAACGUCGGCUAUGACUUGCGCAUGCGGGACAUCAUUCAGGGGAGGGCCGGCAUGGCCAAGACGAAGAAGAAGGGCCCCAAGCCCGCCCGCGGCCCGACUGCCUCGGACGAGCUCUGAAGGGGGGGGCUAGCGGCGUAGCGGCGUACCGGCGUAGCAGCGUAGCGCGACUCAAGUGGAAGUCACCACGUGUGCGGCACAGUUGUGCACCGCCAUGCCGACCCCACCACGCGCAUACGCGU